CCAGUGUCUCUUCCGCCCUCUCAAGUUGGGGCUGCAUGUGCGGCUGUGAGGAGCCCCGCUGGGGUUCCGGGCAUUGUGCCCCCGGCCCCAUGCUCCUCCUGAGUCUACUUCUGUCUGCAGCCCCAUUUGGCCUGCUGGGGGAGGAGACCCGCCAGGUGUCUCUGGAGGUCAUCCCUGACCGGCUGGGCCCUCCCAAGAACCUGCUUCAUGUUCGGGCAGUGGGUACCAACUCUACGCUGCACUAUGUGUGGAGCAGCCUGGGGCCUCCAGCAGUGCUGCUGGUGGCCACCAACACCCCCCACAGCACCCUGAGUGUCAACUGGAGCCGCCUACUCUCCCCUGAGCGUGAUGGAGGCCUGAUGGUGCUCCCCAAGGACAGCAUCCAGUUUUCUUCUGCCCUUGUGUUUACCAGGCUGUUUGAGUUUGACAGCACCAACACAUCUGAUGCAGCAGCAAAGCCUCCAGGAAAACCGUAUCCUCCAUAUUCCUUGGCCAAUUUCUCCUGGAACAACAUCGCUGAUUCAUUGGAUCCUGCCACCCUGAGUGCUACAUUUCAAGGUCACCCCAUUCACGACCCCACCAAGGCUUUUGCCAAUGGCAGCCUGGCCUUCAGGGUGCAGGCCUUCUCCAGAUCCGGCCGGCCAGCCCAACCUCCUCGCCUCCUGCACACAGCGGACACCUGCCAGCUAGAGGUGGCCCUGGUUGGGGCCUCUCCCCAGGGUAACCGCUCCCUAUUUGGGCUGGAGGUAGCCACCUUGGGCCAGGGCCCUGACUGCCCAUCAGUGCAGGAGCAGCACUCCAUCGAUGAUGAAUAUGCACCUGCUGUCUUCCAGUUGAACCAGCUGUUAUGGGGCUCCCUCCCAUCAGGCUUCGUGCAGUGGCGACCAGUGGCUUUCUCCCAGAAACAGAGGGGCCGGGAAUCAGCCCUGCCCUGCCAAGCUUCACCUCUUUACCCCCUCACCUUGGCGUACCUUCUCCCCCAGUCACCCAUUGUCCAAGCCUUCUUCGGGUCCCAGAACAACUUCUGUGCCUUCAAUCUGACAUUUGGGGCUUCCACAGGCCCUGGCUACUGGGACCAACACUACCUCAGCUGGUCGAUGCUCCUGGGUGUGGGCACCCCUCCAGUAGAUGCCUUGUCCCCAUUAGUCCUAGGCAUCAUGGCAGUGACUCUGGGUGCUCCAGGGCUCAUGCUGCUGGCAGGAGGCCUGUAUCUGCUGCUGGGCCACAAGCGGUAUUCAGAAUACCACCCCAUAAAUUGAGGCCCAUUCUCUAGAGGGAAGGACAUCACUGGACCUGCCUUGCUGGUCUAAAGGUUUGAGGGUCAGUGUUCCCGGCCAGCUGCUCCCUUCUCCCACCUUGCUUUUCUCCAGAACCGCGGAGACAAGCCUCAACUUCCUGGGGACCCCCCAGGUGGAGCUUCCUUCAUAUUCUGGGGAGGGACCAAGGACAGGGUCAUUGCUGGAGGGAUGGUCCCCUUGGUGUUGCCUCCUGCCCCUCCACCCCCCAUUUCCCUUGAAUGGGACUCAUAGGCCUUAAUGAGAGGCCUUAUGACUGGUUGGUUGCCCUGGAGCAUGAAAUAGACUUAUUUUUUUUCCACAGGG